GUUUACACGCUUAAUGUCCAUAUAGCUCACCAAAAGACAUAGGAUGUUCGUGUUGAUAGAAAAGGAUACAGAAGGUCGAUGAUUCUUCCAAUCCGAUCGAUAUGUUACGUAUUUAUAUUACUAAAUGUAUUAUACAAUGGUAAAGUGGUAUCAUAUAAUAAAAUAACACCUUUUAACUCACCAAUAAACGGCUUUUUGAACAUUUAUAAGCCUAGAGGACUCAGAUCUGGUGAGAUUGUAACAAUAGUAAAGAAUAUAAUACUCAGAGACCUGAAUCUAAACCUCAAGGUUGGACAUGGCGGAACUUUGGAUGCAUUUGCUGAAGGUAUAUUGGCAUUAGGCAUAGGAGAUGCCACAAAGGGAUUAGGAUAUUUUCUAAAGGGAUGUAAGGAGUAUUACUGUACUGCGGAGUUUGGAUAUGAAACAGAUACAAACGAUCCAAGGGGUGAAAUCGUGCACACUGCUCCAUGGGAUCAUAUUACUCCAGAGAUGCUUGAUAAAGUCAUAAACAAAAUGCAUGGACAACAGAAACAAACUGCGCCGGCAUUUUCAGCCAAAAAGAUAGAUGGAGUAGCCUUGUAUCGAUAUGCAAGGCAAAAAAUGCCAGUUCCUUCUGUCACGAAAACUAUUUACGUACACUCUAUUAAUCGCGAGAAUCUCCAUGAAGAUCUACCCAAGUUCACAAUUCGCGUGAGAUGUUCAUCUGGAACCUACGUGAGAGCCAUUAUUAAAGAUAUUGGAAUUAAACUAAAUUCGAGAGCAACACCCCUUUCAUUGAUACGCACAAAAAAGUGUCACUUAAAUGUGGAAGAUUCUAUUUCACUUUAUGGUUUGACAGGAAGAGACAUAUUAGCAUACCUCCAACCUCUACCGGAUGUCCCAACGCAUCUAGUAUAA